UCGGCGCAGCAGAGGAGGAGAGGGCGGCGAUGAAGACUCGAGCGUUUUCCAAUCCCUGAAAGGCCUUAAAAGGAGACUCGUAAUAAUAAUAAUUAAAAAGGAAACCCCAUUGCAAACUGAAACAACCAUGUCUGGAGAAGUGCGUCUGAAGCAGUUGGAGCAGUUUAUUUUGGAUGGGCCAACUCAGACUAAUGGGCAGUGCUUCAGCGUGGAAACCUUGCUGGAUAUACUCAUCUGCCUGUACGACGAAUGUAACAAUUCCCCUCUGAGAAGAGAGAAGAACAUCCUCGAGUAUCUAGAAUGGGCCAAACCAUUUACAUCUAAAGUGAAGCAGAUGCGUCUACAUAAAGAAGAUUUUGAAAUCCUGAAGGUGAUUGGUCGAGGAGCCUUUGGUGAGGUUGCAGUAGUAAAACUGAAGAAUGCAGAUAAAGUUUUUGCCAUGAAGAUCCUUAAUAAGUGGGAGAUGCUGAAGAGAGCUGAAACAGCAUGUUUUCGAGAAGAGAGAGAUGUGUUAGUGAAUGGAGAUAACCAGUGGAUCACAACAUUACAUUACGCGUUCCAGGAUGAAAACUAUUUAUACCUGGUUAUGGAUUAUUACGUUGGAGGAGACCUGCUUACAUUGCUCAGCAAGUUUGAGGACAGAUUACCUGAAGAUAUGGCUCGUUUUUAUUUGGCUGAAAUGGUGAUAGCCAUCGAUUCUGUGCAUCAGUUGCAUUAUGUCCACAGGGAUAUUAAACCAGACAACAUCUUGAUGGAUAUGAAUGGCCAUAUUCGGUUAGCAGAUUUUGGUUCUUGUCUGAAACUGAUGGAAGAUGGAACGGUUCAAUCUUCAGUAGCUGUUGGGACGCCAGACUACAUCUCUCCAGAAAUUUUGCAGGCCAUGGAAGAUGGAAAAGGGAAGUAUGGGCCUGAGUGUGACUGGUGGUCCCUAGGCGUUUGCAUGUAUGAAAUGCUUUAUGGAGAAACACCCUUUUAUGCUGAGUCCUUGGUGGAGACCUAUGGGAAAAUAAUGAACCACAAAGAGAGGUUCCAGUUUCCUGCUCAAGUGACAGAUGUCUCUGAAAGUGCAAAGGACCUCAUCCGAAGGCUAAUUUGUAGCAGAGAGCAUCGACUUGGACAGAAUGGGAUAGAAGACUUUAAGAACCAUCCAUUUUUUGCUGGGAUUGACUGGGACAACAUUAGAAACUGUGAUGCACCUUACAUCCCAGAAGUCAGCAGCCCCACUGAUACAUCAAAUUUUGACGUGGAUGAUGAUUGCUUAAAAAAUUCUGAGACGAUGCCUCCACCAUCACACACUGCGUUUUCCGGCCAUCAUUUACCAUUUGUAGGUUUCACAUAUACAAGUAGCUGUGUGCUUUCAGACCGUAGCUGUCUAAGGCUGACAGCUGGACCACCCUCUAUGGAUCUUGAUGCCAACAUUCAAAGAACUUUGGAAGACAGUUUAGCAACAGAAGCUUAUGAGAGGAGAAUAAGACGUCUAGAGCAGGAAAAGCUUGAACUUAGUAGAAAACUGCAAGAGUCCACUCAAACAGUCCAGGCUCUGCAGUAUUCAACAGUGGAUGGCCCAAUUGCAGCAAGCAAAGAUAUAGAAAUUAAAAGCUUAAAAGAAGAAAUUGAAAAGUUGAAGAAACAGGUAACAGAUUCUGGUCAUCUAGAACAGCAACUUGAAGAGGCCAGCACUGCAAGGCGGGAGUUGGAUGAUGCUUCUAGACAAAUAAAGGCUUUUGAGAAACAGGUUAGAACGCUGAAGCAAGAGAGGGAAGAUCUUAAUAAGGAACUGGCAGAGUCUAGUGACAGAUUAAAAUCUCAAGCCAAAGAGCUGAAAGAUGCACACAGCCAGCGGAAAUUGGCAAUGCAGGAGUUCUCAGAGAUGAACGAGCGGCUGACAGACUUGCACUCUCAAAAACAAAAGCUUGCCCGCCAGCUCCGAGAUAAGGAAGAAGAAAUGGAAGUGGUGAUGCAAAAAGUAGAAAGUUUAAGGCAAGAGUUACGCAGAACAGAGAGACUUAAAAAAGAACUGGAAGUUCAAGCUGAAGCUGCGGCUGCUGAGGCAUCCAAAGACAGGAAAUUGCGAGAGCGGAGUGAGCAGUACUCCAAGCAGUUGGAAAGCGAAGUAGAAGGGCUAAAGCAAAAACAGAUUGGUCGCUCUCCUGGGGUAAGCAGUAUAGAACACCAGCAAGAGAUCACUAAAUUAAAGGCAGACUUGGAAAAGAAAAGUGUUUUCUAUGAAGAGGAACUAUCUAAACGUGAAAUAAUGCAUGCUAAUGAAAUAAAAAGUCUGAAGAAGGAACUACGGGAUGCAGAGAGCCAGCAGCUUGCACUUAAGAAGGAGAUUAUGAUUUUGAAAGACAAGUUAGAGAAAACCAGAAGAGAAAACCAAAGUGAAAGGGAGGAAUUUGAAACAGAGUUCAAACAGAAGUAUGAACGGGAAAAGAUUCUGCUAACAGAGGAAAACAAGAAACUUUCAAAUGAACUUGAUAAGCUCACCACCAUGUUUGAGAGGCUGAGUAUGAAUAACCGGCAGCUGGAAGAAGAAAUGAGAGACCUAGCAGAUAAAAAGGAGUCUGUGGCCCACUGGGAGGCCCAAAUUACUGAGAUCAUCCAAUGGGUAAGUGAUGAAAAAGAUGCUCGAGGUUAUCUUCAAGCCUUGGCCUCCAAAAUGACAGAAGAACUAGAGGCCCUGAGGAACUCCAGCUUGGGUGCAAGAGCUACAGACAUGCCCUGGAAGAUGCGCCGUUUUGCAAAGCUAGAUAUGUCUGCAAGGUUGGAACUACAGUCAGCUCUUGAUGCUGAAAUCCGAGCCAAACAGGCUAUUCAAGAUGAGUUGAAUAAAGUCAAAGCUUCCUGUAUCUCUACAGAGUGUAAAUUGCAAGAAUCUGAGAAGAAGAACUUGGAACUGUUGACAGAUAUUGAAAGACUGAAGAAGGAGACAGAAGAACUUAGAUCAGAAAAGGGUGUAAAGCACCAAGACUCACAGAAUUCUUUCUUGGCAUUUUUGAAUGCGCCUACCUCUGCUCUGGAUCAAUUUGAAAUUGAUUCAGUUGAGAACUUCACGUUAUCCAACACGCCGUCACGGGAUGAAGAUAGCAAGUCUCACCUUCAUUCAAGAUCGAGAUCUCCUUCUACAGCUAGUGAAAUUGAACCAAUUGAGGUUACGGAUCACCCUCCUCGAUCAAUUCACACACCAACCAUGCGGACAGCAUAUAUUGGAUCGGGACUCUCUGCACCAAAGCCUAAAGCCCACCAGUUUGUAGUGAAAUCAUUUAAUACCCCAACAAAAUGCAAUCAAUGCACAUCUCUGAUGGUUGGUUUAAUAAGACAGGGCUGCACUUGUGAAGUGUGUGGAUUCUCCUGCCAUGUGACCUGUGCAGACAAGGCCCCUGCAGUAUGUCCAAUCCCUCCUGAACAGACUAAGGGCCCUUUGGGAAUAGAUCCUCAGAAAGGUAUAGGAACAGCUUACGAAGGACAUGUCCGAGUACCAAAACCAGCUGGUGUAAAGAAAGGUUGGCAGAGAGCGCUGGCAGUAAUCUGUGAUUUUAAACUCUUCCUGUAUGAUAUAGCAGAAGGAAAAGCAUCCCAGCCAAGUGUGGUAGUGAGUCAGGUCAUAGACAUGAGGGAUGAAGAAUUCUCAGUGAGUUCUGUCUUGGCUUCGGAUGUCAUCCAUGCAAAUCGAAAAGAUAUCCCCUGUAUCUUUAGGGUCACAGCUUCCCAACUCUCUGCAACCAGUAAUAAGUGUUCAAUCCUGAUUCUAACAGACGGUGAGAAUGAAAAAAGCAAGUGGGUAGGAGUGCUGAAUGAAUUGCAUAGGAUCUUGAAGAAGAACAAACUCAAAGACCGCUCAGUCUAUGUUCCCAAAGAAGCUUAUGACAGCACCUUACCCCUCAUCAAAACAACGCAGUCAGCAGCAAUCAUAGAUCAUGAAAGAAUAGCACUGGGGAAUGAAGAAGGGUUAUUUGUUGUGCAUGUCACCAAAGAUGAGAUAAUCCGUGUUGGUGAUAACAAGAAGGUUCAUCAGAUUGAGCUUAUCCCAAGUGAACAGCUCAUUGCAGUAAUCUCAGGACGAAACCGUCACGUGCGACUUUUCCCUAUGACAGCUCUGGAUGGAAGGGAGACUGAGUUUUAUAAGCUGGCAGAAACAAAGGGCUGCCAGUCAAUAGUUUCUGGACACGUGCGCCAUGGAGCCCUCACAUGCCUGUGUGUAGCUAUGAAAAGGCAGGUCCUCUGUUAUGAACUAAAUCAGAGUAAGACACGUCACAAAAAGAUCAAGGAGAUCCAAGUCCAGGGGAACGUCCAGUGGAUGUCGAUCUUCAGUGAGCGACUUUGUGUGGGCUAUCAGUCAGGUUUCUUAAAACAUCCCCUUCAUGGAGAAGGCAGCCCAUACAGUCUGCUCCAUCCAGAUGACCACACACUAUCGUUUAUCUCACAGCAGCCAACUGAUGCCAUCUGUGCAGUCGAAAUCUCAAAUAAAGAAUACCUGCUGUGUUUUAGCAGCGUAGGGGUUUACGUUGACUGCCAGGGCCGAAGAUCGAGACAACAAGAAUUGAUGUGGCCUGCAACUCCAUCAUCUUGCUGUUACAAUGCACCAUACCUCUCUGUGUAUAGUGAAAAUGCAAUUGAUAUCUUUGACGUGAACUCCAUGGAGUGGAUUCAGACUAUUCCUCUCAAAAAGGUACGACCCUUGAAUACAGAAGGAUCACUCAACCUUUUAGGUUUGGAGACAGUUAGAUUAAUAUAUUUCAAAAACAAAAUGGCAGAGGGUGAUGAACUGGUGGUUCCUGAAACAUCAGAUAACAGCCGGAAGCAAAUGGUUCGAAACAUCAACAACAAGCGCCGUUAUUCAUUCAGAGUACCAGAAGAGGAGAGGAUGCAGCAGAGGAGGGAGAUGCUACGCGAUCCAGAAAUGAGAAAUAAAUUAAUUUCUAACCCAACUAAUUUUAACCACAUAGCACAUAUGGGUCCUGGAGAUGGCAUACAGAUUCUCAAAGACCUUCCAAUGCAGCGCUCCCCUUAUCAAUUCCCUCAUCAUCACUCCCGUCUGAUCUCCUCUCCGAGCAACUUUGAACACAUCUACCACAUGACUGUUAAUUCAGCUGAAAAAUUCCUCUCUUACGAUUCCAUAAACACUGCAUUUUCCCCGCCUCCGUGCUCUGCCCUGGGUACUCCAAACUUUAUGACUCAGAGGAAUCUUCGGCCUCAGGAAAGUCGGACCGUAUUCAGUGGCUCUGUCAGUAUCCCAUCGAUCACGAAAUCCCGCACAGAACCAGGACGAUCGAUGAGCGCAAGCAGUGGGUUAGCAGCAAGAUCAUCUGCACAAAAUGGCAGUGCAUUGCGGAGGGAAUUCUCAGGAGGUAGCUAUGGAGCAAAGCGUCAGCCUAUGGCAUCGCCCUCAGAUGGUUCCUUAUCCUCUGGUGGCCUGGACCAAGGCAGUGAUGCACCAACAAGGGACUAUGAGCGAGAGGACUCUGACUCGCCGAGACACUCCACUGCGUCGAACAGCUCCAACCUCAGCAGCCCUCCCAGCCCUGUUUCUCCCCACAAGACCAAGAGCCUCUCCCUGGAGAGCUCUGACCACGUGAGUUGGGACUCAUGAACUGCUUCAGCAGAUUUGACACUACAGCAGCUUGCUGUCCCCUUCACUUGCUCCAGUUCACACCUUCACCAUCCUAACCCUUCUCAUUCCCCACCCGAAAGUCAACUGGGAGUCGGGUAGAGAGGAAGGUAGAAGCUGGUUGUCUGCAGCACUGCCUCACCCUCCCUUCCCCAGAUUUGACAGCAGCGAAUGAGCAAAGCUAGGGUGUUGGUAAAUAUCAGAUGCUGUAGAUUUGUAUUAGUAUUGGUUUCAUCUUUUGCGAUUACAGCUGCUUUCAUUUUCAAAGACAUAUAUUUAUCCUACCCUGCAAUUCCCUCAAAAGUAACUUAAAUAGACCAGACCAGUAUCGGCAAGAGAAAAUCUAGAGGGAUUUUUUUUCGUACAAUAACUCAUUGUACUGUACAGAAGCAGCACAGAGACCCUUUCCCCUGCAUGGGGAAUGAUUGGUAUGUCAGAGGCACAUAAAAGCUUUCAGCCACCAUGUUUGAAUGUCUAUCUGAUUGUUGCCAGCAAAUCCUUAUUGAUUAAGAUGAUGCAUAUUUUACUACAGUACAGAGUUUAAAUAAAUACACAGAUGUUAGAGUAAAAUAUGUAUGUAUAUAUUAAAAAAGAAAAAAAAAAGAAAAAAAAAAAAGCAUUGUGUAUGCAGCAGAAGAUGGAUGCUUAUUUAAGAGAGCCUUUAAUUUAAGAUUUGUGUUGUCCCUGUUUUCAUACUCAGUGAUAUACAGACUUGGAGGCCUGGCCUAAAACCUUUCACAGGACAGAUAUUCCUUUUGCAUAUCAUUUGCUGCACUGCUGGGAGAAGCUCCUGCAGUACUUUCUCAACGUUUCUUUAUUUCUGGCAGUAGCAUCUGAGGCUAUAAUUCCUAAGUUCGUGUUGAUCCCCCUCCUUUGCAAAAAUGGCAAUGGUUGGAAAGUGACCCCCUCUCCUGCCCUGACACCCGAGGGCACCCAUCAGCCAGCUGGUCACGCUGGGUGCUGGUGUGUGGCUGUGCAGCUGAGAAACCUGCAGUGGAGGUCCUUACAGAAGCAAGGGAGCUCAGUGCCACAGGAUUCAGCAGGAAAACUGUUUCCCUGGGUCAGACUUUGACCGGGCUUCACUAGGAAGGGAGCAGUCUCCCACAUCUCUUUCAUCAUCCCUUAACAGAAACCUGUUACUGUUGUUACCAAAUAAUAGUUUAUAAUACACAUCAGCCAAAUGAGUGCUCUUACUCUGAAGCUAGCUACUGCUGGCUGUGCUGUCACUGUAGCAACAACAAACCUUGAAGACUGACCUCACACUGUUCACACUGUGGCCAUCACAGAUGCCUAGUCACCCACAACUGCCGUGCGGGUAAGGUUGGUUUUCCUCUCCCUCCCAACCCGUGCUGUGGGUCUGUGUAAUUUGCAGUUGUUUGUGCUCACCUGCUGUUCAGUUCCAGUCGCAGGCCAGGAAGGCAGAAAGUGUUGCAGUGGAUGACAGAGCCCACUGAGGUUGCAAAAAUAAGUAAAAAGCUGAAGCUGGUCAUGCAGUCACCGAAAUAAAUUGAGAAACUGACGUACAAAGGGAUGGUAAGAGGAAGAUCUCUCUCUCUCUUUAGAUAGCAAGGCAGAUGCGUUUUUCAUUUAGGAGUGUUCAGAUGAGCUUCUUUUCUCAGUAGUAUUGUUGCUGGCAUUAUACUAUGACCAUAUUCAAACAUGUAAGGGCUUUUUGUAUUUAGAAUACUGUUUUUUGUGGGUUUCAGAAACUUGCUAUGGCUCUUAAACCAUUCCAUAUUCUUGCAGUUAGCAGUAAUAUUGUGUUUCAACCGCAUAGAAAUGUUUGGAGUUUUCCAGUUUCUGUCUUCUGUAAUGGAAGUUAUAGCUAAGUUCAGACUCUGUACAGUAAUUUCCAGGUAUGAGCUAAGUGUGGAACAGGGGAUGAGACGCAGAGAUCAUCGCCUGUACCAUUUUAUCCUGCUGGGUCUCCUCAGUAAGAUUUCUUUUUCACCCUGAAUCACAGCUUGUCCAAGCUCAGUGUUACAUUAGGAUAGGAAUUCAACAUUUUGUUUUAAUAACCAUUGUUUCAAAACCUGUCUCUCUCAAGUUUGGGUUUUCUGGAAUAGCAAAAUGGUAAUGGUGGUUUGUUUUCACUUCAAAGCUACUACUGUUGCAAGCCCGGCAUUUAAUACUAAAGGCCUUAGCCAGCAGCUUAGCACUUGCAGUCAAUUCCUCCUAGAACUGAUUUUCAUCUUUGUGAGGGGCAGAGAGGCAGGGCGUUAUUGGCAUCACUAGAUCUCCACAUCAGCUUCUUUUUACAGGCUGCCUAUUGCUUCCAGUGUAGCCACUGCUUUUCCCCACAAUUCCCUCCUUUUGGUGAAGCAUGUCCACACACUUCUCAAAGCCUUUGCAGACUAGUUUUGUAUUUGCUGUAUGUUGUAUUUAAACGUUAAUCUUAUUUUGAUAUAGAGAGAAGGCAUUUAAACAAUAGUCACGUAAGGUAGAGCCUGUGCGACACGUCCCCUGAGAGAGGGUCACAGCAUCGUCUUUGUGGACGUUUUUGUAGCUGAGUUAAUGCUCUGUCUGAAAAUGGAACCCACAGAGCCAUGGCACAGCAAACAAAGCGACCGAAUGUGCCCGUUUACUGUGUCCUGGUGCCUGCCAUCGAUUGCUACUCCAACCCGCUACAAACAGGCAUUUUCAGGCAGAGCAGAGGGCAGCUGUGUGACACAACACUCCGCAGGAGGGGAGCUCCACAGGACUGCACUGUUUGUGCACCACAGUUUCUAAGCCUGGGCAUUUUCCUUUAGGAUUACUAUAUUUAAUCAGUAGGUUGGUACUGUGCAUUUUGUUACGCAUCUGUUAAAAAGAGAAACAGCAACUGUUCUCUCAGUUGAAAAGCAAAUGACCACAUCACUUAUUGGUAAAGAAAAUGUCGUCCUGGGACUUGAAUAGUUUUUAUGUAUUUGGGGACCAUUUGAUCAUACAUUCGAUUUUAAACCAUGCUCAUCUUUUUUGUUGGUACAAACACUGAAAACAAAAGCAUUCUGUAGCUGAGCUUUAUGCAUUGGGCUGGGGCAAACAGCUCGGUCAUUUGAACUGUAGGACUUUUGCCUGGUAUCUCGAUGACAGUUGUCUCUUAAGGUUUGAUGUCUGCUGCUUUGCACUGUAGCAUUGUUUCACCUCCACAGUUUGAGGGCUGCAACUUGUCUGGGGAGCUUGAAACCUCCCCUUCAGUCUGUGACUGUAGCAUAUGUUCUGUGUACACAGUUAUGUGUCUAGCUGAUUUUUUCCUUUUGGCUGAGACUGAAGGUAUCUUGCAUUUAUGACACUACUUAAACAUAUGGGAUGUUGGCUUUUUGCUUUUUAUUGUUUAAUUUUGCAGGCAACAAAGGAUGUGAAGAUUCAGGCAGCUACUAAGGACUCCAGGUUAGAGAAUGCGAAGGUUUGGUCAGUAGGUUUCCCCUGUGCGUGCAUGGACACAGACAUGUGCUUUCCUUCCACAUUUCCUACACCCAAAAGCAGGGUACACUCUGCUCCGUUCUAUCUGACCUGUAGAAAACAGCCGGUGGCUCCAGAAACCCAUGCCUGUUGCUGUGGAAGUGGCUGAUUUUCCUCUCUGUUAGCUGCUGCAGAUUGUUAGGAAUGCGCAUUUUGCUCAUCUUAGCGAGUUUCAUAACUUGCUGUGCCUGAUUUGGUUCUGAUAAACUGAACAGCCGACUGUGUUAGUCUCAGGUAUGCAGCAGAGGGAAGCUAAGGGCCUUGUCGUAACAAGGAAGUCCCCAGAGCAUCGUGUUCUUUCUCAUUCCGUUUUAUGCACUUCGUUUAGUUUUAUACAAAUACAUUAAGGUUAAAUCUAUCACAGUGCAACUACCCCUACCUCCUUAGCCUGGGAAUCAAAGUGGCACAUGUAGCUUCAGCUGUGGGUUUUGGGGUUUUUUCUUUUUACAUAGGAGUCGGUUGCUCAAAGGAAAUGGGAUGGUUUUCUGCACUAGCACCAAAGCACGCAGAAGGGCGCAGGUGUGUUCAGGCUGUGUUUGGCAGGUGCCCUCAGAAGCAGGCCUAUGGACUUUCCAUGCUAAAUUCCAACUCCGCUUUGUCUUUCUUUCCAGCCACAGCUUUGUAUGACCUGUUCUCACUUUGCGUUUAAGAAAGUCUCAUCCACAGGGAAGAAAUCCACAAACAAACCAGUGUUGGUAAUUCAGAGCAAUUAUACCUGCCUUUUUAUGUAUGACAGUUUCAUAUCAUUUAUUUUUAAAAUAUGGGAUUUUUUAGGUUUUUCAUUGUAAUAUUAUUGUACAGUUUUGCAUGGCAUAGAUGUAAUCACUUUUUUGUUUUAGAUUAUAAAAGCUGACAAGUGUGCGUGUGGGGGAAAGAUUCUGCUUUUUGCCUCUUCUCACUAUUUUGUUUAAUGCCCUCAGUGUUGUAGGGGACAUUGUAAGAGAUUCUCUGCUACAGAACAAUGAUGUAGAUUCUUUUGCACAGAAAUAUUUAAGGUGGAAAAGUCAACAAUGUAAAAAUGACUCACCACCAAUAUUUUAUGUUGGUAACACUUAAUAUUAACCUACUUUGAUGUACUGCAAUAAAACAGGGAACUGUUAGAAAUGUAGAUGUUUUGUCUUUUUUUUUUUCUUCUCAUACCUCUGCUUAAGCUUUGAGGAGUUGAUGUAAUUGUGUUUUUGAAAAUAUAAUGGGCAUAUUUAAUGCAUCUGCAUGAGGACAUGGGGAAGAAAAGUAGCAGGUGUGCAAUUCUAUUCAGCUUACCACCUUUCAGACAAACUUACCCAAACCCUUAUAUCUUUUGCUGUAGCUUGGUGGAACACUGCCUAUUCCUUGCGCUGUGACCUGGGCAGUGCAUGGCAGUAGGCCUUCUGUUGUCGAGGGAUUAGAGCAUUAGAGAGGUAAAAAGUGAGCUGUGUGUUAGGGGCCUUGUUCAUCUCCCAGCACUCAUUUUCUGUCUUGAUGCAAUACGCAGGUUGAGUAAAAAAGUCUGUAUAUCACUGCUAACAUGCAGCUCCACAGAAGCAAAUGUAAGCUCUGGUUUGCCCUGUGGAACUAAGAACUGUUUCUGCAAAAGGAACUUUCUAGAACUUACAAGUUUGCUGCAGCAGAGGAACAUUCAGACCCACGCCCUGCUUGCAGCUCAAGCAAAUUCACUAGCAGCAGCAAGCAGCAGUGAUAUGAUGGUCUUGCUCCUUGAAAAAUGUCAUGAUUCCUUUGACUUCAAGCCAGAGCACAGUGUUUCUUGCUCUGUUAUACUCUGAAGCAAUUCCUCAUGUCACAAAACUCUGGCCAAAUCUGCAGAAAUUAUUAAGGCUUUUGGAACGUGCACAAAAGGCCAGAAGUAGGGCCUGAGCUUUCCUCAGCUCUCCUAAUAAGGGAACAGCUCACCUUCCGCUACUUGUUAUCCUUAAGGCAAAUACAAAACAACUCCAUUGUUCAUUCUUUAACAAUGAGUCUCUCUCUAGGGAAGGGAAUUGUUUGCUGAGAAUUAAACACUUGUGCCCCAGCAUGGCAUCCAGAGCUGUGGUCACACAAACACUGCAUAGCAAAUCUCACUAGCUGUGCCUGCUGGAAAAACUGAACAGUAAUGAUAUGUGUGGGGUUUUCUUUUGUCUUCCUCACACAUCUUCUAAGCAUUCUAGCUGUCAGUCUCCAGGGGCAGAAGCUUUACUCUGAAGCUUACCUAGCCCAAGGCAUGACAGCUUUUUGUACUUUGCUUCUUAAGCUCUAAUGUAAGCAUUAAUAUCUUAAACAAUAUCAACAUUUUUUACAGCUGCAAAGUGUAGAGCCAGAAGAAACUACUAACUACAUCAUGUAGAUCAGAACCCAAAGCACCAAGAAAAGCAGCUUUAUGCCAAAUGAUUAUUUCACUGAAUAACAGAGUUCAUACUUCUCAAAGGAUUAGGACUAAUCCAAGGAGGACUUUUAUUACUGGAUCUUUCUGAAACAAAGUCUUAAGUGAAGCAGAUACAUGUUUAUGGUCGUGGAAGAAAGGUAACGCAAUUACCUGUUCCCUUAUUUCUCAGCCUCCUGAGAGAGGCUGUACAUUCACUUACCUAUUCUUUACCUCUGGAAACGUCAGAGGGCAGGAUUUCUCACAGUGUACCAAAGAGUAAGAUCAUACAAUCCUCUGGCAUUCCUGGGCUGCAUUAACUCAAUAGGAUCAGUGGAGUCUGCUGCUGAGGACACCUGCCUUACUAGCACCAGGUAAGCAUCAACUCUGACUGCCACUUUCUUCACAAGUGGGAGAAGGCCAAAAUACCCAAGUCCAGAAUACUUGUAACAGAGUGGAAAAGGAAAAACAAACAAAACAAUAUUGUUGCUAGGGAUUUUUAGUGGGCAGGCAGAUAUUCAGGCUAGCAUUGCUCUGGCUCCUGGUAACCUUAUUAGCACCACUGUUAGCAUGUGACAGAACUUCAGUGGAAAGAUGAAGGAAUAAAUAGGCCACAGAUGGUUUUGCAAUGGUCACAGCAAUUUGUAGAACCAAAAAACACAACAGGAAGGCACUUACUUAGAAGCUUUCCCUUCUCCUCUGCUGUUUAUUCCACAGAAUAGCACCUGAGUCAAUUAAGUAUUCAUUACCCCAACAGAAGAGAGAAAAACUGCAGGCCCACCGCACAAGCACUUGUUUAUUGAAAUCAGAACUCGUACAGGGCUUUGUACAAAAAAUCUAAGAAAGUUUGCUAGCUCGACUUCAAUAGUUGAAAAUUGUGCGUCUGGUUUUAAACGUGUCAUAUCAGCAAAAGCUUGAAUUCUUCACGAGAGACAGGAGGUGUUUGGCUGCCUUGCCAUAAGCUUUGCAUUACUAGAAAACAGUCACAAAGACAGACUCACUUGUUAAUUAAGAGUCCAGCAAGCAAUAAGUGUCAGUGAUGGAACUUAUCAAACUCAAUAUCAGGAAAGAUGAUACCUACCAGACAGUGAAGAAACCCACUAUCUGUGCUGAAAUAUGGUAUUGUUGGUUAAGUAUUUGUCUCCCAGAACCAAGGACUGUGAGUGUGUGUAUGUGUGUGUUUAAAAAAUCUUGGCACUCAAUUCUCAGACUUCUUUUUAAAUGUUUCCUAUGUUUGUUUUGCAAGCCAAAGAGGAGCAGAAAGUUUAAAAGCUCAUGCUAUGUACACACACACACAUACACCUCUUGUAUUAAAUCAGUGUCAGUAAAAUCCAGUAAAAUCCAGGUGGAUUUUACCGCCACCACUUGACUUCCAAAACCUGGGCAAAGGUGGGGGGGAACCUCGUGGUAGGGAUACACCUUGGUAUUUCAUUCUAUAAUGAAAACUACUUGAAUUCCACCUUAUCGAGAAAGAAUGAAGGUUUUUUU